AUGGAGCCAUAUCAGUCAGCAGAUAACAUCCCGUUCGAGGAACAUUUGGAAAUCAAUAUACCAAAUGCGCAGCCUGAACAAGUACACGUCAAAAGUGGUCUGCUUCACAAUGACUCCGCAGAUGAUAUUACACCCAAAGUACACAUGUGUUUUGAUAGCUUAGAUGAUGUAAAACAGUUUUAUAAAAAUUACGGUAUUAGAAGCGGCUUUGGUAUUCGGACGAGGACUUCAGCAAGGGGCGAAGACAAUGAAAUCAACUACAUCAAGUUGGUGUGUUCACGGGAGGGAAAUUAUGUGUCCGCUAUUCCCCCUGAAUUGAAGACCGUCCCAACUAAAGCAAAACAGUGUAAAGCUUCAAUCACUGCAGCAAAGAAAGACGGACAAUGGUUCAUUAGGAGCGUUGUAACUGAUCACAGUCAUGACAUUAGUCCAAAGAAGUCAAGGCUAAUACGGGGCAACCGUAAAGUUGACAUGCAUUCAAGGCAAACUGUUGAGACUAACGAUGACGCUGGUGUCCGAAUUAACAAAAGUUUCCGCUCUCUUGUCUCUGAAGCAGGUGGAUAUGAAAACGUUAACUUCAUUGAGCGUGAUGUUCGCAACUACAUUGGUCAACAAAGGCGAUCAUUGUGUAAGGAUGGGGAUGGGCAGGCCCUUUUACGACAUUUUUCAAAAAUGCGGGAAUUAAACAAUGACUUCUUCUUUGAAAUUGACAUGGACGAAGACAACCGUAUAUGUAAUGUUUUUUGGGCCGAUGCGCGCAGUAGAGCGGCAUCUGAGGAUUUUGGUGAUGUUGUGUCUUUUGACACCACAUAUCUGACCAACAAAUAUGACAUGCCUUUCGCUCCAUUUGUAGGUGUUAAUCACCAUGGACACUCCAUUUUAUUAGGUUGUGGUCUAGUAUCAGCUGAAGACACAAGGUCUUUCGUGUGGAUUUUUGAAUGCUGGCUUCGGUGCAUGUAUAACAAACCACCGAAAGGAAUUGUUACCGACCAAUGUAAGGCAAUGCUUAAUGCAAUUGCACAAGUUUUCCCUAGUACCAAACAUCGAUGGUGUCUAUGGCACAUAAUGAAAAAAGUCCCGGAAAAAUUGCAAGGUUACACUAAAUACAAAUCUAUCAAGGGUGAAUUGAAAAGACUAGUGUAUGAUUCAGUCACGGUGGGAGAGUUUGAGUUGGGAUGGCACGCUUUUAUUGGACAAUAUGAUUUGUCCACAAACGACUGGCUCACCACAUUGUUUGACGAGAGACAUCGUUGGGUUCCUUGCUACCUUAAAAGUCAGUUUUGGGCUGGAAUGUCAACCACCCAAAGGAGUGAAGGCCUCAACGCUUUUUUUGAUGGGUUCAUUAAUUCGGGAACUACUUUGCAACAAUUUGUUGUGCAAUAUGACAACGCACUACGGCAAAAGGCAGAAAAAGAAUUUGAAGCUGACUUUGCUUCAUCCAAUACCACUGUUGCAUGUGGAUCACAAUCUCUUAUUGAGAGGCAAUUUCAAGUAGAGUACACACAUGCAAAAUUUGCGGAGGUCCAGAACGAAUUUAGGGGAAAGAUUAAUUGUUUCGUCAAAAGGGUGUUCGAAGACGGAUGUCUGCUUAAAUAUGCUGUAAAGGAAGAGUGGUUGUGGGAGGGAAAAAAAUACCACAGAAUGCAUGAUGUUGUGCUCGACACGCUGAUAACCAAUAUCCAUUGUAGUUGUAUGUUGUUUGAGUUUAGGGGGAUCAUGUGUCGUCACACCUUGUUGACUCUUAGACAAGAAGACAUUGAGUGCGUGCCAGAAAAAUAUGUUCUCCGUCGCUGGUCCAAAAAUGUUAGGAGGAGGCAUAGUUUGAUAAUAGCGGGAUACAAUAGAAGUAAUGACGACCCACGGAUGCAAAAAUACAAAGUCUUAUGCAAGAGGUUUUACGAUUUAGCGGAGGUGGCAUGUGACUCAGACGCUUCAUCUACGAUGUUGUUCAAUGAGAUGAAUUCUAUUGCUAAAGGACUAGGUGUCCCUACCAAAUCUAAUCCUUUUAUACUUAGCCAAGAAGGUGACAUUGAAGACAAUGGGGGUGAACAUCCAUGUGUCACUAACUGCAGUAAUGUUCGCAGCCCAGUACAUGUUAAGAGGAAGGGGAGACCGAGAACUAACAGAUUACAAUCAACAGUGGAAAAGCUAUCAAAGAAAAAGAAAACGAGUGCGGGCAAAAACAAGUCACAAAGAACUUCACAGGAACCUAUUGACGUCGAUGUGCCCUUAGACUCACAAUGUACCCAACUGACAGACGAAGCCAGGAUUGGACCAUACAUUCCGAACAGUGGUUUCAUGUCGCUGCUGACAUGUAUGGAGGCAGAGAUUGUUAACACUCAAAUUCGCAUCAUGGCCGCAAAUUUGAGUGAAAGUGUGGGGGAAAACAAUGUUCCAGCAGAAGCCGUUGCAGAGAGGACGGUAUUGUGGACUUUCACAACCAUCAACAUUCAUGGUCAGAACUUCGCCUAUGUCGAUCGUCAUUUUUCGGCGGCAUUUGAAAACGAACUACAGGACCAAUGGACUUUAGUUGAUACUUUUGGGAACACCUUUGUGGUGACUUACAACAUGGAUACAUUGAACCCAAAAUUAACUAAUGGAUGGAAAGACAUAGAGAACACAUACACUGACCAAUUAGUGGACUCAUAUGUUCAGCUUCGUUACGUUGGAGGCAAUCGCUUUCAAAUAACUUGUUUUGUGGGCCUAUGCGAACCACACAAUAAGGAGUCGUUUUUGUUAGGUGCUGAAACGCACCCUGGGACAGCCCUAUACGCUGUGAAGUUGACGAAAUCUCAGGCACAAGCUAGCCAUCUGGACCUCAACGUUGGUUUUGGUGACAUCAUAAGAAGCCUACAAAUGGAUGUGGUUUACCUUUUGGGAUCAAGAAGUGGAGUAGAGUGCAAACUGCUGGUUUCCCGGAAUAACAGAUCAACCAAGUUUGGACAAGGGUGGAGGCAGUUCUGUGUUCGCAACCAAUUGAAGGAAGGAGACAGACUUGUGUUUGAGGUUGACCAUCUGCAGAAACAAUGCAUAAUUGAGGUUUUCAUCAAUGGCUGCAAUUGUGAUGUGGCCAAGUCCAUCAAUUUAGACUAA